AUGAAGAACAAAGACCCGAACAAAAAACACAUCCAAUGGGACGACGACAAUUUACGAGAAAACGAACGCACGAAAUCGGCGAAAGAUAUCAUCGACGAACCGGAUACCCCUUGGGCCUCACCACCGCCGGAACUCUUCGAUUCAGACGCAGAAGAGGAUGAAGUAGUAGAGGAGGAUUUAAUGAAUAAGAGGAAAAUGUACGCGGAGGAGGAGAUUAAAGAACGGUUGGAACGGUUGGAGUUGAAUACGAGACAGUCCACGGGAGUUGAGUUUGUUCUCGAAACGACGACGACGGAAACGAGUAGGAGUAACUUUAGCAGUAGCGAUGAUAAUAAAGAAGAAGAAUUAAAAGGAGAAAACGACGACACAAUCCUGAAAAGCAGACUGUUCGAAGCGCAACGGAAAUCGUUGCAGUGUACGUACGAUAGGAAGCGAGGGACGACGUUUAACAAGACUUCGCAUCCGUUCGUCGCGCAUCAUCACGAAAACGAAGACGACGAGGAGGAAAAAGACGAGGAGGAGAUUAAGAGGGAGUUAGAAGCGCUGCUGAACAUGCAACGUAAAGGUUAA